CCCGCAGGGGCGGGCCACCAAGGCUUGGGUCCCAGGCUCUGGGACGAGCUGCGGGGAGCAGCGGCAACUCCAGAAAGACGGAGGAGCCUCAGAAGGGCGCGCGGGAGAGCAGGACAGAGCGACACGCGCGCCCCAGCUGGCGCUUGCCAGGGUGUUCCCCGGGCCUGGGCCGCGCCCACCUGCGGCAGCGCGGCGUCCAGGGGCGAGCCCCUGGAAGGCACCGAGGCAGGUCCUGGAUGGUAUCUGUUCUCCCAAGGAGUCCAGCAGGGAACUACACACGGUGACCCCAGCUGCAAGGGCUGGACUCCAGGCGGGCACACCCCCCUGAUUCCAUCCCAGCCGCAGGCAUCAAAAUGGCAGCCCGGCACACAAACACUAGCUUUGCACCCCGGGGACAUGUCUCCUUGUUCCCCGCAAACUUCAGUUAUGGUGAUUAUGACCUCCCCCUGGAUGAGGAUGAGGAUGUGACCAAGACACAGACCUUCUUUGCGGCCAGAAUCGUCAUCGGCGUGGCCCUGGCCGGCAUCAUGCUCGUCUGCGGCGUUGGCAACUUCGUCUUCAUCGCUGCCCUCGCGCGCUACAGGAAGCUGCGCAACCUCACCAACCUCCUCAUAGCUAACCUGGCCAUCUCUGACUUCCUGGUGGCGAUUGUCUGCUGCCCCUUUGAGAUGGACUAUUACGUGGUACGUCAGCUUUCCUGGGAGCAUGGUCACGUGCUGUGUGCCUCCGUCAACUACCUUCGGACCGUCUCCCUCUACGUCUCCACCAAUGCUCUGCUGGCCAUCGCUAUUGACAGAUACCUCGCCAUUGUCCACCCCUUGAGACCGCGGAUGAAUUAUCAGACCGCCUCCUCCCUGAUCGCUCUGGUCUGGAUGGUCUCCCUCCUCAUCGCCAUCCCGUCCGCCUACUUCACCACGGAAACCAUCCUCGGCACCGUCAAGAGUCAGGAGAAGAUCUUCUGCGGCCAGAUCUGGCCGGUGGACCAGCAGCUCUACUACAAAUCCUACUUCCUCUUCGUCUUCGGCCUCGAGUUCGUGGGGCCCGUCGUCACCAUGACCCUGUGCUACGCCAGGAUCUCCCAGGAGCUCUGGUUCAAGGCCGUGCCGGGCUUCCAGACGGAGCAGAUACGCAAGCGGCUGCGCUGCCGCCGCAAGACGGUGCUGUUGCUCAUGGGCGUCCUCACGGCCUACGUGCUGUGCUGGGCGCCUUUCUACGGCUUCACGGUCGUGAGAGACUUCUUCCCCACCGUGUUUGUGAAGGAGAAGCACUACCUCACCGCCUUCUAUGUCGUUGAGUGCAUCGCCAUGAGCAACAGCGUCAUCAACACCGUAUGCUUCGUGACAGUCCAGAACAACACCGUGAAGUACUUCAAGAAGAUGCUGCUGCUGCACUGGCGGCCCUCUCUCCACGGGAGCAAGUCCAGCGCCGACCUCGACCUCAGAACCAGCGGGCCUGCCACCGAAGAGGUGGACUGUAUCAGGCUGAAGUAGCCUGCCCGUGGAAAUUAUUCAGGCAUCACACCCCACCAACCACUCGUGAGCUGCCUGGGAAGAGGCCGCUGUGCUUAUUCUCUCCUGCCCUAAUGUAUCCGGAUGCUUCUAUGCCAUAACAGACAGCACCGCCGAUAUCUGUGGAACACCCUAACAGACUAGACACAAAUGCAGCAAGCGGUGUGGCCUGAAUGCCUUCUGUCCGCAAACCCCACCAAGAGAUUAUUCAAGGACCCCAGCUGACAUUUGCGGAUUACCUGCUUUGUGCAGAAACAGUUGCCAGAAAAACGGUAGAAGCUAUUUGGAGUUAUUAAGCUCUAUCUAUCUACCUGUCUGUCUGUCUAUCUAUCCAUCCAUUCCAUCCAUCUAGGUCACUAGAAAGAGAUCACAAAUGAUUAGUCAGAAUCGUGCCCUGUAUUCUUUCAUUCUGUAUCUGAUGAGCACAGAACUGUCAAAGGCAAUAGAAUAAAGCCAUUAGACACAGUAGAAAUGUAAGGACGACUCCAUCAAUGUGGAGCCCGCCCGCGGCUUCAUAGGAAGACAGUCCAUACAGCAUCCUUACUGUCCCCAUUCCAGCUCUCUCCUUAGAGAUUCUGUACUUAUCUACAAAUGGUGUCAUUUCAAAGGAGAAAAGAAAGUCUUUACCACUGAUGUGUCAAUCUCCUCAGCCUGUGGGAUGAAGAUGGGAAAUCCUGAGACAAGAAAUGCAUCCAGUUCCUGACACUUCAACGCUGAGGAUUUCAGGGCUGUGAGAUCACAGAAGAGGAGGACACAGAAAGAGCAGAGGCUGCCCUUGGUAAUGAAUAUAAUCUGGCCAUUUGCCGUGGUUUGGAUGAUUUUUCUAGAACAAUAAAAGCAGCUCUACUUGAAAUCCAAGGCCGUGGGUAAAAGCCCCCACUCCAGGGCUCAUCUCUGUGUGCCCCACUUUCAUGAAAUGGGACUAAUGAAAACAGAUCAUUAGGAAAGCCUACCGAACUCAUGGUGUGUGGAUGUGAUUUUCAGCUCUACCCUGGUUAAGAGUGUGAUACUGAAGAGCUCAUUAGAGGGCCUUUAGAAUCCCCUUCACCCUGGCUUGUUAUGUAUGGAGGAACAGCUCCACAUUUUCAUCCCUGCUCAUCGGACCAGAGACCACUGAACUUAUUUUAACAUAGCACAUCUGUCAUGGGUCAUAAAGGCCUCCCUGUUCCAGGAUGUAAUAAAAAAAAGAUACAGUCAGUGUCCCAACUCUCAGCAUCCCUGUGGUCUUAGACAGUCCUCCCAGCAUAACGUUGGUGACCCCAGAACUGAAUCCAUUAGUAUUAUAUCUACUGAACCAGGCUGACCUGGCUGUCUAGGUGUGUGUCUCCUUCCUCUUUCAUGGCCCCAUAUGCAUCUCCCUUAAACUGCACAGUUACUAAGGAAGACCUCCCUCAACCCAGGAGGACCACUAUUCUGUCCAGGGCAUAGAGUGCUAUGCUUCCCUGAUAAGCCUCUCCAGUAGACCCUGUCUUCUUUGGGCGUCAACAGAAUUUACCUCCCCCUUAUAUCCAAACAUAUCAUCCUCCUCUCAUUUAGAUUUAACUUGAAAGCAAUCCUGUAAAUAUCAAUGCGUGUUUGUAUAUACUCCAGUGAAUAAAGUGUAUGUUGUUAUCCUAUGGAAUAAUCAGCAUAAUUAACAUACAUAAUUAUAAUCACAGUGUACCAAGCAUUCGCUGCUAAUGUUUUAUAUCAUGUUUAUCUGUUUAGAUGUAAAUGCAGUAAUAGCUGUCCCUAAGAAGUUCAACCCUGAAAUGAGGGAACUUCCAAAGGUGUUCUUAAAGCAGGCCAUACCACUGUCUUACAUGUCCUUCUUAUUUGUAAAUGAUUUCCAAAAUGCAGACUUUUUUCACAUGGAGAAUGUUUAUGCCUCCAGUCAGAGCUAAGGGAACAAGUGAAUUGCAUUGUGUUCCCUCCCCUCCAGACUAGUUAAAGGCAAGCUUACAAUACUUCUAACAUGUAUAAGUACAUAUGUAUGCCUACAAUUUCAUAUUGGAAGUUAAUUUCAUUUAGUAAAGUCAGAUUCAUUUUUUUUUCUUGGCCACAAUAUGAGAAAAGAUAUUUACACAAUGAAGCUGUUACAGAUGUUUGUUAAGCUUCCAACAUUUAAAAUAAGUUACUUCUAAAAUUGGAGAAGCCAAAAAAUGCUUCAUGCCCUCAGGUGUGACAAAGUUUCAGACUUCACAAGGAAGGAUGUGACAUGUGGGAGAUAACCAGAAAUUUUAACACGAGUUCUGUUUCUACUCAAAAAUGGUGGCUCCAAAACACAUCCUCUGUAUCCAAUCAUAUACUCCCUUGUCCUCAGACAAACACACACAAACAUACACACACACACGCACACGCACACACAUACACAUCAGUAGGACACCAGACCAGGAAACACCUUGAGAACGUAAAAUUCCGUUCCUUUCUUUGGUGGUUUGGGAUUCCAAAGAAGAAAAUGACCUCUAAAGGGUACAGAGUUAAUUCUUGCUAGAGCUAACGCCUUGCCCCAGAAAUUUAACUCUGAGCCAAUGAGCAGCUUUCAGAGACUAUGCACACCUGCGUCUGGAGGACCCGGCAAACCUUGGUGGCAGGUUCCAGAAUAUGUAGAACCUUAACUCCCUAGGUUCUUUUUCUUGUUCUUUAAGAGAAGGUUAGUUCCCCGUCCUGGAUUAAGCCUUGUGGUGUAGGCUUUAGAUCAAGAGACAAAGUGUUGGUUGUCCAUGGAGCUUCCUUGUAGAUAGCUGUUGGGAGCUCAUGGCACCCAACUCUAUCCAAAAGAUGUUUAAGGAAUAAAAUCCAGUUCUAGUAAAUAAGCAUUUACCUAAAAGGUUUCCCAUAGUGCAUUUUAAUUAAUACUUAUUUUAACAUAUCUUCCUUUUCUAGGUAGAGCUGAGAAUAUUAAGUAUGUGUAUCCUCAUGGGUUGUUAUGCUAACUAUGCAUGCAAUGAUCUCGUUAUUGUAGAACCGCAUGACUGUGAAUUUGUUUACAAACUAAAAUUUAUUUGUAAUCCUCAAA